AUGGAGUCACGAUCGACUGUUUUAUUCUUCAUCCUAUCCAUCUGCAUUCUUCUAUAUGUGCGGGCUCUCCUUCGCCGAAGGCAAAACUUCUCCGGACUUCCCUACCAUCCAGGACCCAAACCUCGUCUUAUCAUAGGAAAUCUCCUUGAUCUACCGACGAAGGAGCCGUACAAGGAGUAUAGUAAAUGGUCUACAUUGUACGGCAGUGAUGUGGUGUCAUUUCACGUGCCUGGCUCACACACUGUCAUCGUCAACUCCGCAAAGGCGGCCAAAGCGCUGUUCGAGAAACGAUCUGCGAUAUACUCGGACCGAUCAUACUUCAAGAUGGUAUACCUCACUGGCUGGGAUUACAACUUCGGAUUCAUGCCCUACUCCAAUGCCUGGCGCGCUCAUCGUCGUGUCAUCCAUCAACAUUUCCGACCGGAAGCAAUAGGGAACUAUCAUUCUCUCUUAAUAUCUCGAAGCAAACGCCUCCUGCACGAUCUCCUCGAAGAACCGAAUAAUGCUGUCGAGCACCUAAAGCAUCACGCUGGAUCACUUCCUCUGAAGCUUGCCUACGAUCAUGAGGUGGACGCCACCGGAGAUCCUCUCAUCCACAAAGUCGAGGAGGCAAUGACUGUACUCGCUCAGAUUAUGAUUCCAGGCAAAUUCCUCGUGAAUUCUUUUCCAUGCUUGAGUCGCUUGCCGGAAUGGGUCCCCGGUAUCUCCGCGUUUAAACACUACGCCAGGCACUGUAAUAGUCUCAACGACGCCAUUAGAAACGAACUCUUCGAUAAGACGAAGAGAGAAAUGGCCACUGGGUCUCCUCCUUGCUCGCUUCUCGCAAAGGUUCUACACAAGAAUAGCCAAGGGGAUCUCGGCGAGUACGUGAUCAAGCGGACCUUUGCGACAAUCCAUAUUGCGGCGGCAGAUACAUCCAUGGCGACUCUCACCGGUGCCGCCGUCGCUCUUGUUCGCCAUCCCGAAGUCCAAACGCGUGCCCAAACUGAGAUCGAUCUCGUUGUUGGUAGAGAAAGGCUCCCAGAUUUCUCGGACAAGGACAACCUGCCGUACGUUUCCGCAAUCUGCAGGGAGGUUAUGCGCUGGAGACCAGUCACCCCGUUAGCUGUUAGUCACGCUUCCACGAAGGACGACGUGUACGCAGGGUAUUUCAUCCCCAAAGGUUCGACCGUCGUCGGAAAUGCUUGGGCUAUACUCCAUGACCCAGAUUUCUACCCGGAGCCUGAGCGCUUCAACCCAGAGAGAUUCAUGAAUGCUGAAGGUACACUCAACGAAGACGAGGUACUGGCGUCAUUUGGAUACGGUAGAAGGCGACCGCUAAACAGGAUAUGCCCGGGUCGAUACCUUGCGAACACCACCUUAUGGUUAAGUAUCGCUUCGAUUUUAUCUGUAUUUGACAUUAUCAAGUCGAAGGACGUGAAGGGAAACGAAGUCGAAGUGACGACAGAAUGGGUAGACAGCGGUAUUAGCCAUCCAAUGCCGUUCGAAUGCACUGUACGUCCACGGGAUGAGAAAGCAGUGGAGUUGAUAAGAGCAUUACAUGCGAACGAGUCCGUUGUGUGA